UGUACUGCAAGGCCAAAUGUCUCAUCACGUGGCUUUAAGACCUAUGGUUUCUAUGGCAGCCGCCAGUUAUGUCCGGAAGAAACACUGCCAUCAUUAUCCAAUGGUGCAGCGUCAAGAAAGUUGAAAAUUAGAAAUCCAUGAUGGAGACGUCUUCUCGUGAUCAAGCUGGUGGAGGUCUGUGGAACUGUCCUAGAAGGACCCAGUACAGCAAGGAGAUUCAGGACAUACUGAAAUUAAUGAUGCAAGAGUCGAGACUCACCAACUUCCAGCAAAGACAGCUCAAUGACAAACUUAAGAAGGGAUCAGCUUUGCCAUUGACCUGCAACCCCACAUCAUCUGCUCCACCCUCACUGCCCAAACCCAAAGUCUUAAAAAAUAGCACAAACCGCACUCCAGCCAAGCCCCUGGGGUGCACCGCUGACAAUUGUAGUUCUGGGGACAACUACACCAGAGAUAGGUUCCGCCCCAGUGCCACACGAGAUUUAGAGAAGGAGAAGAGGAGGCUCCAGAACAUUCUAGCUACGGGGCAGGAGGAACCCAGACCCAGUCGCCCCAGGAACAUUUCCCUGGACCAGGGCCCAGAGGAGGAGAGGGACCGCUUCCAGGAGGUUUUGGAUAAGAUUGAGGAGAGGAAGGAGUUUCUGGAGGAGAUGACAGCCCUGGGGAAAGGGAAGCAGUAUCGCAACAUCAUCAACACAGAGAUCUCACAGAAAAUCCGCGAGCUGGAGGUGAUUGACAAGGCCCGCAGUGCAGAGCUGAGGACCAUUAUGCCAGACAAGAAGACUGAGUGACAGAGAGGAAUACUCAUCUACUGACUCUGCUGAAUGGAUCUACUAUACUGCUAAUACUCUCCUACAGAAAAUACACUGCACAGGAAUUCUGAACUCAAACUUGGAAACUAGUCUUCAUUUGUGCAUAAAUGCUUGUUCAAAUUAUGGCAUGGUAACAAAUGUUGCUGGGAAGACCCCAAUGCAUCCUUGUCAAACUGUGAAAAAGCAUUGUACUGUACAUUAAAAUAUGACCACACAUCUUUUUAGUGGCA